GUCCACGCGGUCCUCCGUCCGGAACAAAGCUCCCGGGACGCCCCGUCCCAAGUGCGGAGGGAGCCAUCAUCACCUGGGUUCAGACACCCUCACGGUCAUGUCCUUCCUGCCGAUGUCUGCUCUGUCCUCCCGGAGGAGCGCACAGGGGGCAGAGACCAGGCUCUGUCACCAGGAAGGACGGUGGGGCUGGGCGCCCGGAAGGAACAGAAGCGACCCGAGCCACUUCCCGGUUCCCGCCCCCCAGCCUUGCUCGGAGCCUCUCUUCUGCUUCAACGGCUGCACCCCUGGCAGGGGGCCGCGGAGGUCACCUGGUGCCCUGGUCAAGCCCCGCUCAGCGCGGGGGCGCCUGUUUGAGCGCUCCCGGCCUGGGCGGCCCCCGGGACCUUCCUGCCUGUCGUGUCCAAGCCUUUCAUCCCUCGGGGCCGAGGUCUCGGGGCCCCGGUCCCCCCGCGUCCCUCGGGGCUGA